UCCCCCGUGUAAGAGUGAGGAGGAGGAGGACAUUCCAGGAGAUGUCACCACAGAAAAUCCCAGUACAAAUUCUGAAGGAAAUUUGUUGUCACUAAAUUAUAAAGUAGAAGAUGAAGAUAUGCAGCGCUCUUCAGGAGAAAAUAUUAAUGUACAUCCAGGACUUCACAGUACAUAUAAUCUUCCUAAUCAUAAGGAACCUUCUCUUGACCAGAAAGAGGGUGAAAUGUUUCACUGUGGUAAAGAGUUCACAAAAAGAUCAAGUCUUUCUACAUAUAGAAGAAUUCCCACCGGGGAGAAGCCAUACUCCUGUUCAGAAUGUGGGGAGUGCUUUAAAGAUAAAACACAUCUUGUUAGACAUAAAAAAUGCCACACAGGAGAGAUGUUUAAGUGUUCAGAAUGUGGGAAAGGUUUUAAAAUCAAAUCAAAUCUUGUUAUACAUGAGAGAAUUCACACGGGAGAGAAACCAUAUUCAUGUUCAGAAUGUGGGAAAUGUUUUACAAAUAAAUCUAAUCUAGUUAUACAUGAGAGAAAUCACACAGGAGAGAAGCCAUAUUCAUGUUCAGAAUGUGGGAAAUGUUUUAAAGAUCAAUCACGUCUUGUUAGACAUAAGAGAAGUCACACAGGAGAGAAGCCAUAUUCAUGUUCAGAAUGUGGGAAAUGUUUUACACAAAAAUCAGAUCUUGUUAGGCAUGAGAGAAGUCACACAGGAGAUAAGCCGUUUUCAUGUUCAGAAUGUGGGAAAUGUUUUACACAAAAAACAUAUCUUGUUAAUCAUGAGCGAAGUCACACAGGAAAGAAGCCAUAUUCAUGUUCAGAAUGUGUGAAAUGUUUUACACAAAAACAAUAUCUUGUUAAGCAUGAGAGAAGUCACACAGGAGAGAAGCCAUACAUGUGUUCAAAAUGUGGGAAAUGUUUUACACAAAAAAAUAAUCUUGUUACACAUCAGAGAUUUCACACAGGAAAGAAGCCUUAUUUAUGUUCAGAAUGUGGGAAAUGUUUUGCACAAAAAUCAGAUCUUGUUAAGCAUGAGAGAAGUCACACAGGAGAGAAGCCAUAUUUGUGUUCAGAAUGUGGGAAAUGUUUUACAAGGAAAUCAGAACUUGUUACACAUCAGAGAUUUCACACAGGAGAGAAGCCAUAUUCAUGUUCAGAAUGUGGGAAAUGUUUUACAGAUACAUCAGGUCUUGGUAGACAUAAAAGAAGUCACACAGGAGAGAAGCAGUAUUUGUGUUCAGAAUGUGGGAAAUGUUUUACACAAAAAUCAAAUCUUGUUACACAUCAGAGAAGUCACGCAGGAGCAAAUUUUUAAAAUCAGCAGAUUCCAUUUGGGUACAAAUAAAUUCAAACCAAAGUGACAGUGCUCAGAUUGCCCUAAUAAAUUGUGGAUGACAUUCUGAAGUCUUGUAGGGCUUUAACGUCAAGGCAGCAUUGGCAAUCUUAAAGUGGCAGUGAAAUAUAUAGAUAUGGAUAAACAGAUGGUGGCCGGUGGUAAUAAGCAAACUGUUUAACAACACAUUGCACUUUUGGCUUUGUUAUGCUUUUUAAAAUAAAAAAAGUCAUCCAAAACAUCUCUCUAAUGGGGUGUAUAUCUGGCAGUGUUUACACUCAGGGUGGUGUCAGAAGCAAUGGCUUGUUCUGAACAAGAAUUUCAAGAAUGCUCACUUUUUGCGGAGCAGCAGCAGUAUUGUACUGAACCUGACGGAGAAGGCAGGAGAUGUGCAUCUGUGUAGGGGUAGUAGAAAUGGGAGCAGUACAAUAUUAACCUGACAAAGUAGGAGAUCUGCAGCUGUGCAGGGAGUAGAAGUAAUAGCAGCAGGUGUAGUAGUAGUUUCAGUGGCAGAUGUACAGUAUAAAACAUGA